AUGAUGCCGCCCGCCCCGCGCCAGCCUUCUGGAGGUACGCCGAGACUUCCGCUUCGUCUCCCGGAGAGACUCCGGCGCAGGAUGGGGCGGGUCUCCCCGUCUGGGUCUCGUGUGGUCAACUUCCGUUCAGAGUGGCCGGGGAGAGCGCGGAGCGCGGGCCUUGCGCGCGCCGAGUGCCUUUUGGCUGAGCGUCCGGACUGGGCGAAGCCACGCCCCUUAGCGAGUUCUCCGGUGCUGCGGGCUGAGACUGCGCGGGAGGUCAUCAUGAAGAAGCUACGAGCAUCUGUCAGGAGUCACAGAAAGCAACCAGCCAACCCCAAGAAAAGGGGAAAAUGUGCCCAUAGCAGCAGCCAGGCCAAGCCUUCUGCCCCUGAUGGCCAGGCCAAGCAGAAGGAUGAGGAGUUCCUGCAGACCUCUGUCUGCCCGUACCAUCUGUUCAGAGACAUGACCGAUGUCACGACGUUCCGAAGGAACUUGCUCAGCUGGUAUGACCAAGAGAAGCGGGACCUGCCUUGGAGAAGAUGGGUAGAGGAGGAAGCCAACUUGGACAGGCGGGCCUAUGCUGUAUGGGUGUCAGAGGUUAUGCUGCAGCAGACCCAGGUUGCCACGGUGAUCGACUAUUAUACACGAUGGAUGCAGAAGUGGCCAACACUUCAGGACCUGGCCAGUGCUUCCCUGGAGGAGGUGAACCAGCUCUGGUCUGGCCUGGGCUACUAUUCUCGAGGCCGUCGGCUGCAGGAGGGAGCUAGGAAGGUGGUAGAGGAGCUAGGCGGUCAUGUGCCACGGACAGCAGAGACCCUGCAGCAGCUCCUGCCUGGUGUGGGGCGCUACACAGCUGGAGCCAUUGCUUCCAUUGCCUUUGGCCAGGUAACUGGUGUGGUAGAUGGGAAUGUCUUACGGGUGCUGUGCCGAGUCCGCGCCGUUGGUGCUGAUCCCAGCAGCUCCGUUGUCUCUGGUCAUCUCUGGAGCCUAGCCCAUCAGCUUGUGGAUCCAGCCCGUCCUGGGGACUUCAAUCAAGCAGCCAUGGAGCUGGGGGCCACAGUGUGUACCCCACAGCAUCCUCUCUGCAGCCAGUGCCCUGUGCAGAGCCUAUGCCAGGCGUACCAGAGGGUGGAGUGGGAAAAGCUCUCUGCCUUGCCAGGCAGUCCUGACGUAGAGGAGUGUGCUCUCAAGACUAGCCAGUGCCAGCUUUGCCUGCCUCCCACAAAACCCUGGGACCCCUCUCUGGGAGUGGCCAACUUUCCUCGCAAGGCCAGCCGCAGGCCUCCCAGGGAGGAGCACUCUGCCACUUGUGUUGUGGAGCAGCCCAGGACCAGCGGGAGUCCCCUCAUUCUGCUGGUGCAGAGGCCUCACUCAGGUCUGCUGGCCGGACUCUGGGAGUUUCCAUCUGUCACCCUGGAGCCGUCAGGCCAACAUCAGCACAAAGCCCUUCUGCGGGAACUGCAGAGCUGGUCUGGACCCCUCCCCGCCACUCGUCCCCAGCACCUGGGAGAGGUGAUCCACGUCUUCUCUCACAUCAAACUGACAUACCAAGUAUAUAGUCUGUCCCUAGAAGGACAGACCCCAGCAACCCCUGCACCUCCUGGUGCUCGAUGGUUGACUUGGGAGGAAUUCCACACUGCAGCUGUCUCCACUGCCAUGAAAAAGGUAUUCCGCAUGUAUGAAGACCAUCGGCGAGGCACCUGUAAGGUAUAUGUACAUUGAGUGUAGUGCCCAUAAAGGCCAGAAGAGCGCAUUGGAUCCCCCUGGAUUUUAUGUUAUAGAUGCUUGUGAACCAUGUAACGUAUAUACUGGGUCCCCGACUCAGGUCCUCUGCAAGGGCAGUACACACUCUUAACCACUGAGCGAUGCCUCCACCCCUCGCCCCCAGACAGUUUCAUUUGGUGUAGGUUGGCUUCACCACACUGUGCAGCUGAAGAUGUCCUUGAACUUCUGAUCCUCCUUCACGAAGGGAUUAUAGGCACACACCUAUCCAGCACUGGGACGCAAACCUACGGCUUUGUGCAUGUUAGACACUCCCUCUAUCAACUGAGCCAUGUCCCCAGCCCCAGCUUUGCAUCUAACAAGAUUUUUUUGGGCACCUUUUGGGGAGGUGGAAAAUCCUACAGCAUUAUAGGCUAGAUUAGUAUAGGACAGGCAGAAGAUUCCCUGACGUGUACUUAUUACUUCCCACCUUGGAUUUUCUACAGGGUUCUAAAAGGUCCCGCGUGUCUACUCCAUCAGGCCGGAAAAAACCCAGCCGGGGGCAGCAAAUCCUGGAUAGUUUCUUUCAGCCUCAUAUUCCCACAGACACACCCAACAGUACAGCCCAGUGAUACCUCUGGAAGGC